AUGGAACAAGAAAACAGCACUACAGUGACUGAAUUUAUUCUCCUGGGAUUUGCUGGUCAACAUAAAUUUUGGCAUAUCCUCUUUGUAGUAUUUCUAGUGAUCUAUGUGAUCAUCUUAAUGGGUAAUAUUGGGAUGAUCCUACUGAUCAAAAUUAAUUCUGGCCUUCAUACCCCUAUGUACUUCUUCCUCCAACACCUGGCUUUUGUUGAUCUCUGUUAUUCCUCUGCUAUCACUCCCAAGAUGUUGCAGAACUUCAUUAGGACUGAAAAAUCUAUCUCAUUCAUAGGAUGUUUGGUACAAUUACUGGUCUAUGGUGCUUUUGCAACUAGUGACCUCUACCUCCUGGCUGCUAUGGCAGUGGACCGCUAUGUGGCCAUCUGUAACCCACUCCACUAUCCAGUAGUCAUGUCCCAGAGAGUCUGCAUUCAACUAUUAGCUGGUUCAUACUUCAUGGGUUUUCUAAAUGGCUCUGUAAACACAAGUUUUACCUUCUCAUUGAACUUUUGCAAAUCUAAUGCCAUCAACCACUUCUUCUGUGAUGAACCCCCAAUUCUUGCCCUUGCGUGCUCCAAUAUUUACUUUAACAUCAUGCUAUUAUCAGUCUUUGUGGGGUUUAACUUGGUGUUUACUAUAUUAGUUAUCAUCUUUUCCUAUACAUACAUCCUGUCUGCCAUCUUGAAGAUAUCUUCUACAGCUGGAAGGAAAAAAGCCUUCUCCACAUGUGCCUCUCACCUGACAGCUGUCACAAUUUUCUAUGGAGCUCUUUCUUACAUGUAUCUACACCACAGUACCACAGAGACUCAAGAGCAGGAAAAAGCAGCUUCUGUGUUCUAUGGUAUCAUGGUUCCCAUGAUAAACCCUGUGAUCUACAGCCUGAGAAACCGUGAAGUGAAAGAAGCUCUAAAAGGAAUCAGAAAGAAGUUCUUCUAG